AUGGCAUUCAAGGUCGUAUCCGCGCUUACAGGCUUGUUUUCGUUGGCUUCGGCCUACGAUCCAGGCGGUUCAUACACUCCCGGUGCUGGCGGCAUCUUAAAAAACGCCACCGACUAUCUGCCUUAUCCCCUUGCAAACUUCACAACUCCAAAUGUAAAUCCCGCGAACCUGCCCAAAGGGUGCCAGAAUGGACCUCACUCCCGAGGCUGCUGGGGCAACUACUCCAUCGACACAAAUUACUACGAAGACUCGCCUCGUACUGGAGUGACGAGGGAGUACUGGCUUGAGGUUCUCAACAGCACCGUCUCCCCAGAUGGCUACAAAAUGGGUGCUCUCACUUUCAACGGCAGCAUGCCCGGACCGCUGAUCGAGGCUGAUUGGGGUGACGAACUCGUUAUCCACGUCACGAACAAGUUGCAGACCAAUGGCACAUCUAUUCACUGGCAUGGCUUUAGGCAAUUGAACAACAAUGAUGCAGAUGGUGUUCCCGGUGUCACCCAGUGCCCCAUCCCACCCGGAGAGACGUAUACCUACAGAUUCUAUGCCGAACACUAUGGAACAACAUGGUACCAUUCCCACUUUACGAUGCAGUACUCCGUAGGUCUUCAAGGUCCGAUAAUGAUCCAUGGACCUGCCACGGCCGACUAUGAUGAAGACUUGGGAACUGUCAUCCUACAAGACUGGGCGCAUGAGUCGUUCUUCGCCUUGUGGUGGUACGAUCGGGUCUUCAAGCCCCCAACGCCUCAACUGCCUCCCUCGCUGGACAGUUCUCUCAUCAAUGGCAAGAAUAUAUUCCCCUGCGAUACUAAAGAUGCUCGAUGUGUCGGUGGUACAAGCCGUCCUGAGUGGCACUUUGAGAAGGGCAAAAAGUACCGUAUGCGCCUCAUCAACACCGGUGUUUACUCCAACAUGCGAUUCUCCAUUGACAACCAUACUUUGACCGUCAUUUCCAUGGACUUUAUACCUAUAGUCCCCUAUAAGACCGACAAUGUCGCCAUCAGCAUGGGUCAACGUUACGACGUCAUUGUCGAGGCAAAUGCAGACGUCGAUAACUAUUGGCUCCGCGGGAACUGGCAGGAGAAGUGCUGUGCAAACCAGCAGGCCAACAACACCCUCGGCAUUAUUCGCUAUGACUCCUCCUCGAAAGAAGAUCCCAAGACGAAGACAAUUGUCAACACGUACCCUGACAACUGCCGUGACGAACCCAUGGAGAGUCUCGUCCCCCACGUCGCCCUCGACGUUGGCAAGCCCAACGAGAUCCAGCAGCUCAACCUCAGCUUCGUCACCCCUCCUGCGCCCAAGGAGUUUUUGUUCACGCUCAACGAAAACUACCUCUGGGUCAACUGGUCCGCGCCGACGAACCUGCUCCUUCUCGACGAUGUUAACAAGUUCCCCGACGAGUACAUGGUCUUUGAGAAUCUUUCCAACGACAACUGGGUCUACUUUGUCUGGAACGACCACUCAGGCCGCAACAGGUCGCACCCCAUGCAUCUUCACGGUCAUGACUUCUAUGUCCUCGGCACCGGCCCGGGCAACUUCACCUCAAAGUCGCCUCUCAAUCUCAAGAACCCGCCGCGCCGCGACACGGCCACUUGGCCCGAGAGUGGUUACAUGGUCAUGGCCUUCAAGACGGACAACCCGGGCACCUGGCUCGUCCACUGCCACAUCGUAUGGCACUCAAGCGAGUCUCUCGGUCUCCAGUUUGUCGAGCAGCCGGGGCAAAUGUCCGCCCUGCACCAGAACGCAUCGUACAUCCGUGACACAUGCGACAAGUGGAACGCUUUUUGGCCUGGGCCAGGAACGUACGAGGAAGAGGACUCUGGCAUAUGA